UAUUGGUCGACAGCAACUAUUUGUAGUUGUGCGCUGAUUAUUAUUUUUUUGAUACGCAUACCAAAACACUCGAGGAAACUGUCUGCCAUGAACAAUUAUAAAAUAUAGGUAUUUUUCCUAUGGAGCUAUGAGUAUGAAGUUAAUAUUAAUUACAUAUUAUUCCACAUAUGAUGGUGAGUUGAUGUUUUAAAUACAAAGAUGUUACAGUGCAGUUGAUUGUAUUUUCACUGUUUCGUUAUCGUUCGCGCUCUCUAAACAAAACAAUUCAUCUCAAUAAACCAUCCGUUUCCAUCAGUACAAAGUUCGGUUAUUUUAUAAACAUGAAGAACUUUAUGCAUUGGCUAGGAAACCGUUUUAAUUCAGUGCGUAAUCACAAUUGCGACAACGGUACGGUUGGAAGUUUUGCAGCAAAAAGAAAGAACCAGACGAGGCAGUUUUCGAUCGUCGACUCGUUUUUUCAUUCAAGGAAGGAAGGAGAAAGAACUCGUUAUCCAAAGUGUAUUUUCAUAUUAAUGGCCAUUGGAUUGCUGUCUGUCGGAAUUGGUGUAUUAUCGCACUUUCUGCACCCUUACAUCCGCAUUUUUAAAUGGAAAUUAAUAUUUGAAGCUGGAGGAGAAGUGUUCGAACUAUGGAAAACACCACCAGUCGAUUUAUAUAUUAAUAUAUUUUUGUUUAAUGUAACAAAUGCUUCGGAAUAUCUUAAAGGCAAGGCAGACAAGAUGGUAUUUCAAGAAGUUGGACCAUAUGUAUACAGAGAGUUGUUUUCACACCAAAACGUAACAUUUCUUGCAAACGGAACUCUAUUCACCAAGCCUAGUCAUCCUCUAAUUUUUCAAGAGCACUUAUCGAAAGGACAUAAGGAAAGCGAUAUUUUCUUUUUACCAAACAUAGCGUUGCUAGGUAUCGCACAAAUAAUGUCCAAAAACAAUUAUUUAUUUCGGCUACCAUUGAAUUUGUUGAUUCGUCAGACCAAAUUAUUGCCGUUAGAGCUACAAACAGCAAAACAGUUUAUGUUUGGUUAUGAAACUACUAUAACAACACUAGGCAAUACAUUUCUACCUAACUGGAUAUCAUUCAACAAAGUUGGGUUGAUUGACAGAAUGUAUGAUUUUGAUGAAGACUUUGAAACGAUCUAUACAGGUUCAUAUGAUGCGUCAAUGUCUGGGUUAUAUGAAAGCUAUCUAGGAACAUCAAAAUUAAAGCAAUGGAAAGGAGAUCAUUGUAGUAACAUUCAAAAUGCAUCAGAUGGUACUAAGUUCAAAAGCUUUAUCAAAGAAGACGAACAACUUUUAUUUUUUAGGAAAAGUAUGUGCCGUGCUCAGCGGAUGGUGCAGGAUGGGAACGAUUUUGAAGUUAGUGGUUUACAAGCGACGAAGUUUGUUUUCGAAGAAAAUGCCCUCGACAAUGGUGAAGUCGAUACAAGGAACAAGUGCUUUUGCAGAAAAGGACAGUGUCUGCCUCGUGGAUUGAUCGACGUUACCGAAUGUUACUAUGGCUUUCCGAUUGCGCUCAGUUAUCCACAUUUCCUUGACGCGGAUCCCCAACUUCUGGGCAAGCUAGAAGGUUUAGCACCUAAUGCGUCGUUGCAUAGCAGUUUCUUCAUGAUAAAUGCGCUUUCAGGAUUACCGCUAGCACUAUCCGUGAAAUUUCAAAUCAAUAUGGCAAUAGGUGAUAUAGCAAAUAUAGCUGAAUGCGAACGUUUUUCCAAUAUCGUAAUACCAGCGUUGUGGUUCGAAAUAACAAUGAAACAGCUACCUACUUCGUUACGAAAUAGAUUUUUAUUUUAUUUAUACUAUCUACGGGUUUUUGAUCGUAUAGUUUAUUACCUUCUCUUUGUUGGUGGGGGUUUGUUGCUGCUGUUCGCUGUACUUCGUGUAUCAUAUUCCCUGUCUGCAAGUUUCUCAACGUUACAUCGCAUCUCAAGUUCGACAAGUUCAUACAAAGAGGUAAUAAAUCAUCACCAGGCACAUCACAAGCGACGUAACAGUGCCAAGCAGGAAGAAGGGUCGGAUCAGGAGCGUCAGCACUUUUUGUUGUGAAUAGAAAACUAAAAUAUCAAUAUUCCAAGCAUCUUUUAAAUAUAUUAAACCUAUUUAA